UACCUUUUUUGUAUUAAAGGUGAAGAUCAGCUACAGUAACUGCAGUAAGACAGCUCUGGAUACUAGUUUUGUUGUUCACUUAAUUUCCAACCCAUUAAUUGCCUUACUGGAAGUGAAUUCUUCAGGUUUACCAAUAUGACUAUGAUGUGGCUGAACGGUGCUGCCUUACGUGGUGGAUGCUGCAGGCACAAAACUUUGCUCCAGUUGCUUGGACCUCUUCUCAGCCAUUCAAAAUUGUACAGCAGCUACAGGAGGCCAGGAGCAGAGCCUGAGAAAAAAUCAUUGUGGCAGAAUGCUGAUUUCAGCUUUAAGAAGGGCUUUGAUGUCUUAAAGACUCAGCUAAGCUUACUGAAGGAGGAAACCCAGAAUCACUUAAUAGGACCUGAAGGCCGUCCAUUAAGUCAGUACCUGUUGGAACAGACGAGGGUGGUAUGGCAGUUUCGGAGCCAAGAAGAUUUGAAUAAAUGGAUUAUUUCCUCUGAUGUAGAGAUUGGAGGGAAAAGUGAAGUUUACCUCAAAUUGGGUAGGAAUAACCAGGGUGCUAUGCUGUACGGAACCCUCAAUAUGGAAGUACCUCGUGAUGGGGAGACAAAAUACAGUGGAUAUUGUAGUAUGAGAGCUAAACCGCAACUGGGAUCUUUUAGAAGGAAGAAGUAUUAUGACUGGUCAAACUUCAACAGUCUGUAUUUACGUGUCCGUGGUGAUGGCAGACCUUGGAUGGUAAACAUUUAUACAGACCCUUACUUCUCUCAUCAGAAGGAUGAUCUCUAUAACUACUUUAUGUUCACCCGCGGAGGCCCAUACUGGGAGGAAAUAAAGAUUCCAUUCUCCAAAUUCUUUCUCUCCAGUCGGGGAAGAGUCCAGGAUAGUCAGCAUCCUAUCUGGCUAGACAAGAUUAGUACCCUUGGAUUCACAAUCGGAGAUAAAAUAGAUGGUCCGUUCCAGCUGGAGAUAGAUUUUAUUGGCCUGUUAAAUGACAGAGCUCAUACAGAAGAAUUUGCCUAUGAAGCAUAUGACAAGAAUACUCCAGUCUAAGGUGGGCUGGUCUCCUUUGGGACAUUCUUCAGAUAUUUGGUUCAUUUUUAUAAAAUACUUAACACAUGCCUUACAACAACUUGAAGAUCCUCUGUAAACAUUAAAGAGAUAAUUGCCUGAAGUUUGACACCGCUGGCAUCUUGAAGUUUCCAAAUGCAGAAUCUUGGAGAGACUGUACAGACAUGUACUGCACCUAGCCUGAGGGGAAUUGUGAUAUGUUCUUACGAAGUAGUAACUCUUCCCUGGGUAAGCUUUGGCUUCUAUCCUUACUAAAAUAAAAAGUAUUUCAUGA